UACGUGAAAGCAUUCUUAAAGAUAACAAAAUUUUUAUUUUUGUAUGUCUAGCUUCUUCAUAAAACCCUUAUUCUAAAAUAAAACCAAAUCACAAGCGAAACUCGCUGUAAAUUUUGCACUGAACUUUAGUGUUGUUUAAGUUUAAGAGGACUAUAAACGGGGUAUAAAACGUGCAGUGCCAAAACGAAUAUGCUCUAAAUUCGUGGAAAUAUACACUUUACGAUAUGUUUGGUUAUGAGUUCAAUCCAUCUCGAGACGCUUGCUUUAUAUUAGAGUACAUGUUAGGAUUUGGAAAUAGCAUGAAACGUUAAGAGAAUGAGAAUAAUCACGUGUAUAUAGAGGAAAGAUUCUGUGUUAACAGUUUAUCUAAGAAUAAAAUUACAUUUCUAAAAUUGUUUAUUAUGACCAGGAAUCUUCUUGUUCAUUCAUCUCGAUAUUUUGUUUCAUGAUUUUGAUGUGCAUAAAAAUGUUGAAAUUCAGAGUUUGCAAACAGUUUUAAACAGAUUGAAACAAAUCUGUUUAAUUUAGUGGAAUAAUUCAUACUUUGUCGGACUAGUAAAAUUCUUAGAUACAAGUAUUUGUAUAGAGUAUUGUUCCAGGAAAACCAUUGCUUAGGGACAAUUACACGGUUUCUGGAUACGAGAUACUGAAGAUAUCAACAUACAUAAACUACCACAGAUAAAAACUGCGUGAAUAAAGUACAUGAUGGGAACGACCAAUACGACACUAUCUUCAAGACCUUGGAAGCAUGGCUUGACUCACUGGGUAACAUUUGAACUUUACCCUGAAUGGACAGGGAAAACAUGUUAUGGUUUUAAGGGAAUGGCUUAUCACAGGAUUUACUAUACCAACGGUACUAUGGUUGUUCUUAAGGCGUUUCGGCAUCGAGAAGGCACAGCCAGUGAUUGGAUGCCAUACAAAGAACGCUGUGAUGUCACAAGGAGAAUGGCGGCUACCUUCAACAAAAUAUUAGCAAAGAAUACAUGCGAUACAAAGAUUAACGUAAUGAAACCAAUAGAUGUGGUCAUGGACACUACAUCAUAUGUUAUGAUAUUCAUGCGAAUUCUCAUGCGUUUUGAUAAAACAUUCGGGGAAGACGAAGUUGUGCUAUUUGAAGAAUUUCUAAACGGUGAUUUCAAAACAUUUGUAAAUGUCAGUGGCAAAACAACCGGCAAUGGCCCUGAUGUUUUAGACGCCUUUUGUCAUUUCACAUACCAAGAAUCUGAAGGAAAUUUAGUGGUUUGUAACCUUAAAGGUAUUGCUAAAGGUGAUGAGUACAAACUGAGCAAUCCCACAAUUCACUCACGUGACGGUCGCUUUGGCGAUAAGGACAAACGUGACGAAGGGAUUAAUACCUUUUUCACGAACCACACCUGCAAUGCAUUUUGCCAAAGCUUUGCAAAACCAGUCAACAUUCAUGGGAGUAAGAAAUUAAACGAUGGAAAUUCUAAACAAAGUGAGUUAAACAAUGAAGAUGUAUUUACCAACGAGGAGCACGCGCUCAUUGAACGUCACAACUGUGACAGAGAACCUGUUCGCCCUCCAGAAUAUUCAUUGUCGGACAGAUUUGGCCCGCCUUCUUACACCACGUGCGAUGAUAACACGUGACAUCUUCUGCAAUCUCCGGUCAAUGUUAUGUUUCUCAGUUUUGAGCUUGAUCUCAAGAUUUAAAAUUGACUUACGUGAUCUCGUAGUAAGAAUAUAUGAAAUGCAAAUGUACAUAUAUUGUGUAAAUCUAUGUAUGCUUGGCAAUGACUGUAGUCGCUUCCAUUUGAGUCUGAGUGCAGAAAUUGGAGGAAGGGUUGGGAGCGAAAGAGAGGAACCUUGCUUUCGAAUAUUUUUCAAAAACAAUCCUUUAUAACUGAACAAAAAUAUGAGAUUGGUUCUCCACAUUAACUAGCAUAAAUUUACUGUUGUUGCUGUUGCUGUUUAAAAACAAUAUCUUCUUUUUAUUCAAUGUAACCUGUUGACGUUGUAUAGAAAUCCUAUUUUUUUCGUAAUGUAUUUAACAAUUAUCUAAUUUAUAUCAUAUUGUGUUCGAUAUAUACAAUAUCAUACAUUUCCCACCUAUACAAAUAUACGUACAUGCAACUACGUGCUUUAAUUUAAAAAUAAUUUAAUUUUUAUCUGUUUUAUUAUUAUUAUUAUUAUAUGCUCAUUUCUUGAGUUGUACAUGUAUGUUUUACAGAAAUAAAAAAAAACAA